AUGGCGUCCAACUCGAUUAAACUGUUGACUGGCAACAGCCACCCAGAGCUGGCCAAGCUCGUGGCUAGAAGGCUAGGGAUCGAGCUCACCAAGAUUAUGGUCCUGCAGUACUCGAAUCAAGAGACUUCAGUGACUAUUGGCGAGUCCGUCAGAGACGAAGACGUCUUCGUCCUCCAGUCGACGCGUCCCAACGACAUCAACGAUGGUUUGAUGGAGCUGCUCAUCAUCAUCAAUGCCUGCAAGACGUCGUCGGCGCGCCGCAUCACUGCCAUUCUCCCCAACUUCCCCUACGCCAGACAAGAUAAGAAAGACAAGUCACGAGCGCCCAUUACCGCGAAGCUCAUGGCCAAUAUGCUGCAGACUGCUGGUUGCAAUCAUGUCAUAACCAUGGAUCUGCAUGCCAGCCAAAUCCAAGGCUUCUUCAAUGUUCCCGUCGACAACCUCUACGCGGAACCCUCUUCCACCAAGUGGAUCCGAGAGAAUCUACUACACGUGGGCGAAUCUGGCAAUGAGAUCAACGGCCCGAGACAAGAGUGUGUAAUCGUAUCUCCCGAUGCUGGCGGCGCCAAAAGGGCGACAUCCAUGGCCGACAGGCUCGACCUUUCCUUCGCGUUGAUCCACAAGGAGCGCUCUCGGCCUAACGAAGUCUCUCGCAUGACACUCGUGGGCAACGUGAAGGACAAGGUCGCCAUCCUCGUCGACGAUAUCGCUGAUACUUGCGGCACGCUUUCCAAGGCGGCGGAUACACUCAUCAAGCACGGUGCCAAGGACGUUGUUGCGCUUGUCACGCACGGCGUAUUGAGUGGCAACGCCGUGGAGACGUUGAAGUCAGGCGCGCUUUCGAGACUGGUGAUAACGAACACGGUGCCGAUCCCAGAGCAGAAAUGGGAAGCGCUGAGCCAGGAAGUGUGGGAGGAUGGCAAGCUGAAGGGAUGCAAACUGGAAACAAUCGACAUUGCACCUGUGUUGGCCGAAGCCAUUCGGCGCACGCACAACGGCGAAAGUGUGAGCUACCUGUUCAGCCACAGCGUUGACUAG